AAACGUCCCACACAAAACACACAUCAGCAAACUUGCCAACACCUGGCAUGCUCUUGUUAUGGUGUUGUGAAUGCGAUUAUUUUCGACGUCAACAGAUGUGAAUGUGCUGUAUUUGAGACUCAUCGAAGCUCUCGUCAAAAGGCCAGAUAAGAUAAAAACGACCGGCGGCGUGUCUGCAGAAUCUGCACGAACAAAAAUCGUACUUUGGAGGCGAUCGACGCUCUCUUGGGAAGGACAACACACCGUACGUGGAACCGUGAAUGCUUAUCGCAGGCAGGUUAUUAUGCAUGGGCCGACCGGUGAUGUGACGUGGUGCACCUACACGGAAGGUAUUCUUUGAUGAACAAACUAUAGCGGCCACGUAAAACAUGUUGCGGAGGAACGUGCGAACCCUUAUCAAGUUGGGCCUGGUGGCCCUCCUUGCCGUCGUCUCCACAAUGAUCACUCUCAAGUUACUCGGACCUGUGGAGGACAACCUGUCCAACUCCAUGCCAAGUGACCCUCUCAAGAGGUUGGAUCCGGUUACAAAGGAGAGCUUUCACGUCGAAGACGCCGAAAUUGCAGACAGACCAAAAAAUGGGCAAAUUGACUGGCACGACUAUGCCCAAAUUAAAGCCGACAGUCUCAGAAAAGGACCUGGAGAACAAGGGCAGUCUGUGGUGUUAAAACCUGAAGAUGAGCACGAAAAGAAGGAGCUUUACAGUCAGAACGGAUUCAAUGCGCUUGCCAGCGACAGGAUUUCUCUGAACAGAUCUCUUCCCGACAUUCGCCACCCUGGCUGCAAGAAGAAGCGGUACGUGGCUGACCUGCCAGAGGUGUCUGUGGUUGUUCCCUUCCACAAUGAGCACCUUUCCACACUGCUCAGGACGGCAAUGUCUGCAAUUUAUAGAGCGCCACCAGGAAAAGUCUUGGAGGUCAUCCUGGUUGAUGAUUUCAGCAAUAAAGAAAUAUUGAGGAAGCCGCUGGAAGAAUAUAUUGAGAAGCACUUACCCCGCGUCAAAGUCCUCCGGCUGCCCGAAAGGUCGGGCCUAAUCAGGGCAAGAUUAGCAGGUGCUCGAGCAGCCAAAGGUGAAGUUCUGCUCUUCCUUGAUUCACACACCGAGUGCAAUGUGAAUUAUUUACCACCAUUAUUGGAGCCCAUUGCAAAAGACUACAAAACCUGUGUGUGCCCUUUUAUCGAUGUCAUCGACUUUGAGAAUUUCCAGUACAGAGCUCAAGACGAAGGUGCACGCGGGGCCUUUGACUGGGAAUUUUUUUACAAAAGAUUGCCUUUGUUGCCUGAAGACCUAAAACACCCUACUGAACCCUUCAAGAGCCCUGUGAUGGCUGGAGGGCUGUUUGCCAUCAGCGCCCGAUUUUUCUGGGAGCUUGGUGGCUACGAUCCUGGAUUGCUCAUUUGGGGUGGUGAGCAGUACGAGUUGUCCUUCAAGAUCUGGCAGUGUGGCGGAACAAUGGUGGAUGCCCCUUGCUCAAGAAUAGGGCACAUUUACCGCAAGUUUGCUCCAUUCCCCAACCCACACAGUGGUACCGAUUUUGUUGGAAAGAAUUACAUGCGCGUGGCGACGGUGUGGAUGGACGAGUAUAAAGAAUACCUUCUGAAAAGACGGCCGCAAUAUGCUAAGAUUGACCCUGGCGAUCUGACUGACCAGCUGGCUGUGCGGAAGAGGUUGAACUGCAAGCCUUUCAAAUGGUUUAUGAAGGAAGUGGCUUUUGACUUACCACUGAAGUAUCCACCGAUCGAGCCACCUGACUUUGCCUCUGGCGAAAUCAUGAGUGUUGCCCUCAAAGACUAUUGUGUUGACUCGAUGCAUAAGAAUAAGGAUGAGUCGGUUGGACUUGAGCGCUGUGUUAAGGGUGGUGCUGCAAAACAGGGAAGCACGGAACAGGAAUUUACUUUGACUUGGCACAAGGACGUGCGACCCAAAGGACGCACAAUGUGCUGGGAUGUGCCUUCGGCAUCGGAAAAGAGGGCUCCGAUAAAACUAUGGGGCUGUCACGGAAUGCAGGGCAACCAGCUGUGGCGUUAUGACCCUGACACAAAGCAUUUGAUCCACGGUGGAAAUCCAUUGUGCCUGGACUGUGACCGAGAAACUAAGCAACUAUUUGUUGCGGCCUGUAAGGAAGAUUCAGAAACACAAAAGUGGCUAUUUGAAAAGACGGACUUAAAGGCACUGGCCAAUUGGGACAAUGCUGGCCCCAAAUAGAUUGUUUUGUUUAGUUAUUUUUUGACAGUCUGUGAUGAAAGUUGUACUUGUGACAGAAUUGAUUCAUGCACGUCCACAUGCAUUUUGCAAUGGGACUUCGUUCAGUGUUGCUGCAAAGCCAUGAGUGCUGCUGGAGUUUUCCUCGGAAAGACAAUUUAGUGAGCUCAGCCGAUCAGUCUCAUUCUUUUAAAAGAAGUAGCUGUGCUGCAAACUUAUUUUGAUUUUUGCUUGAACUUUUUCAAUUCCAUUUUGUGUGAUUUUCAGUUUAAAACCAGUGAGAAGUUUUUGUUUUUGAAAAUUAUUUCAUUAUCAGUCAGAAAUUUUAUAUGUAUUUGAAACGAAAGACUAAUAUUUAAAUUAUUUAUUGUAGCAAACAAAUUAAAAUUGACAUUGUUGAUAACCCAAUUUUGAUGUUUUAAUUAAAAAUAUAAAUAUUUUCAUCUUAGUUUUGUCCUUUCCAUCAUGUUAAUGAAAAUUUUAAACGGUUGUGAUAAAACUUUGUCAUAGUUGUCCGUUUUCACUUUCUGUGACCCCUAGCAAAGACAAAGCAGAGAAUUUAAAACCAUUAAGGAAAAUUGAUUUCCAAACGAGUUCUAUGCUUAUAUCUUGCUCAAUUGUUUGAAAGCAAGUUUCCGUUAAUUCCGUUAUGUUCAACUGAUGGUUGAAUGCCAGAGUGCAGGCAUGAUUGAGAAUUUUGAGAUGCACAAUUUUUUUAAAUUUUGACCAAUGUAAUUAAUUAGAAAAUUUAUUACAUUCAAAAUUAUAUUGUUCUUGAGAA